UGCGCUUUCGACCAAAGUUAGGGUUUUGUGAAAGGAGUUAGGAGACUGUUGUGAUUAUUUAUUACUUCUGUUUGUGUCUCAUUUUUCUUCUAGGUUCCCCAAGUGUUUGACAGCGUUUGAUUCCUAUGGUCGUGAGGGGCUUGUUUAUCAUUCGUACUGAAAUUUGUGUUAUCCACUUGGUGGUUUUGUGUGAGAUGUGAGAGCUCGUUUGCAUGCGUGUGUUUUGUUGUUUUUGGGUAACGAAGAUGAAAUUCAUUGAACAGAGUGAAUAGGUACAUAGCCCAGUUCAUAGAAACCAACUUAAACCAAACUGACAGAGAGCUCCAAACUUCGAUUCCCCCCUUCUUAUUCUGUUUCUUGGGUAUAUAGUGAACUAAGUAGUCGUUGCAAGUUUUAACACUGUGGUGAAAGCUCAACAGCUGUUUUUAUUUAGUGAAUUAGCGAAUCAGUUUUCACUUUGUGGGGUUUAAGGAUGGAAACCAAGGAAAUCAAGUCCCCUGAAGUUUUGUCGGAGAUGCCAGCAAGGGUGGGUGGGAUCUCUGAUUCAUUUCAUAGGAAGAAGCUUGGAAUUUAUUUCAAAGAGAGUGAUGAUAGGAGGACUGCCAUUGGCGGUGGCUAUAUUGGAGGAACUACUCCUGUGAAUAUCCGUGGCAAGCCAAUUACCGAUCUAUCAAAAACGGGGGGUUGGAUUGCUGCCUUUUUUAUUUUUGGUAAUGAAAUGGCAGAGAGAAUGGCGUACUUUGGACUUUCAGUUAAUAUGGUGGCAUUUAUGUUUUAUGUAAUGCAUAGACCCUUCUCCAGUUCAGCAAAUGCUGUUAAUAUUUUCUUGGGGAUAUCACAGGCUUCAUCUGUGCUUGGUGGAUUUCUUGCUGAUGCAUAUCUUGGUCGAUAUUGGACAAUAGCAAUCUUCACGACAAUCUAUCUUGCAGGUCUAACAGGGAUAACCUUGUGUGCAACAAUGAGUACAUUUGUGCCAAAUCAAGAUCAAUGUAAUCAACUGUCCCUUCUCUUGGGCAAUUGUGAGGCGGCAAAGCAAUGGCAGAUGAUCUACCUUUAUGGUGUUCUUUAUCUCACUGGGUUUGGAGCCGCAGGUAUAAGGCCUUGUGUGUCUUCUUUUGGGGCUGAUCAGUUUGAUGAAAGGAGUAGAGAUUACAAGUCUCACUUAGACAGGUUUUUUAAUUUCUUCUAUCUUUCCGUCACCGUUGGAGCAAUUGUGGCCUUCACUAUGGUAGUCUAUAUUCAAAAGAAACAUGGAUGGGGAUCUGCUUUUGGUUCAUUAGCCAUAGCUAUGGGCAUAUCAAAUAUGGUGUUCUUCAUAGGCACUCCUUUAUACAGGCACAGGUUGCCUGGAGGUAGCCCUCUCACAAGAGUGGCUCAAGUCCUGGUUGCUGCUUUUCAGAAGAGAAAUGCUUCUUUUUCCAGCAGUGAGUUAGUAGGCUUAUAUGAGGUUCCAGGCAGACGAUCUGCUAUAAAGGGAAGUGGAAAGAUAGCUCAUACUGAUGAUUUUAGGUUUCUAGAUAGGGCUGCUCUGCAACUGAAAGAAGAUGGUGCUGACCCCAGUCCCUGGAGACUUUGCACUGUCACUCAAGUAGAAGAGGUUAAAAUUCUAUUGAAACUCCUCCCAAUACCUGCCUGCACUAUAAUGCUCAAUGUAAUUUUGACAGAAUUCCUGACUCUAUCAGUGCAGCAGGCAUAUACCUUGAAUACUCGUAUGGGACAUCUGAAACUCCCAGUGACAUGUAUGCCUGUUUUUCCUGGUCUCAGCAUUUUCCUCAUCCUCUCUCUCUACUACUCUGUAUUUGUCCCAUUGUCCCGCCACAUUACAGGUCACCCUCAUGGUGCUUCUCAGCUUCAAAGGGUUGGCAUUGGUUUGGUCGUCUCAAUUCUAUCUGUGGCAUGGGCUGGGAUUUUUGAGAGAUACAGAAGAAACUAUGCUAUCAAACACGGGUAUGAAGCUGGUUUCCUGACUCCAAUGCCCAAUCUAAGUGCAUACUGGUUAUUGAUACAAUACUGUCUAAUUGGCAUAGCCGAAGUAUUUUGCAUUGUGGGCCUUCUAGAAUUCCUGUAUGAAGAGGCUCCAGAUGCCAUGAGGAGCAUAGGAUCUGCGUAUGCUGCCGUAGCUGGGGGUUUAGGCUGCUUUGCAGCCACUAUAUUGAACAGCGUCAUCAAAUCUGUCACAGGAGAUGCAAAGCGGGGCCGACCUUCAUGGCUAUCCCAGAAUAUAAAUACUGGUAGGUUUGAUUAUUUGUACUGGCUUCUUACAGUAUUAAGUAUAAUCAAUUUCUGUGCUUUUCUAUAUUCAGCACAGAAGUAUAAAUACAGGGCAAAGCCGGACCCAGGGAUUGGGGAACAAAAUGUUAACAAAGUAAUUGGUAAACCAGUAUAGCAUAAUUAAUCAGGAAAAUUGGCAUUGGAUGUGAAACCUAUGUGCACUCUUAAGAUCCACAUGGAAUCCAAUUAUUUAUCUUGAACCAUCAUUGGCAAAGGUAGUAACUUUGAGCUGUAUUAGUAAGAUGGUUAUAGUUGAUUGGAUAGUCAUUAUGAUUUGUUGUUGAAUGAUAUCACGCUUUAUUUGAUUAUGUGGCAGAUCAAAUGUCAUGUUUUAUUUGAUUUCUUGUUUAA